AGGCGGCGGCAGAGCUCCGUGUUUUGAAUCUGCAGAGCUGUUUGCCUGCACUCCGUCGCCUUAUCAAGCUGUGUCUGGGUGUGUUUGAGUUUCAGCUCUUCUUCGAAAGGCGGUGCAGAGGAUUCUUCUCAGCAAAAACAACUGUAAACACUUGAAGCUUCUGCGUGUUGUUGCCAUGGUGACGCGUCGCGGCCGAGGUAUGAGGAAUGUGGAUCACCGCCGCCGGCGGCCACAGGGGAGACGUAGGACGGCUAAAGGCUCCAAGACCCUGUCGCGAGUUCCUCAAAAGAACCGGAGGAGGUGCACGGUGACUCGACUGAAGGGCUAUAGACUGUCUAGCGGAUUUCUUACCGAGGAUGAAGAACUAGAUUACUCUGAUUCAGAAACACACGAGGUUCAGCGAGUGAAACCAGCGAGGACUCUCAUCAGGAGAUCUUCAAGGCUGCUGAGUCCUGCAGGAGGCAGGAGGAGUGGCUUGAGGAGAAGCACCAGAUCAACCAAACCAACCAGCAGGUAUCAGGCCUCCAACAUAUUCAAUGGGAUCAACAGCAAGUUUGGCCCAAAGAAGUUGGACAACAUGAAGAUUAAGAUUAAUAACAACAAAGAAGGAAAGAUCUACUCUAAAGCUCAGAGAAGACCUGUUCCACCACAGAGAGAGCUCAUCAACAGUGAGGACGACAACGUUGAUGAGGACAGUGGGCAUGGAGCGACUGCAGACGAAGACAGUAAUUGCAGUAUGAACCAGAACUUUGAUGCUAAACUAAGCCGGGCUUCUUCACACUAUCAGGGGCCCAGCAGUGAGUUUCUGAAAGGAGCCUUUCGGAUCAGCGCUUCGGGACCAAACAUGACCCGCAGAAAAGCCUUCAGAUCCAAUCAGAGUGCGUGGUCCAAUCAAUCCGAUGAUGAUGACUCUGAUGAUGAAGAGGAGCAGGCCUCCAGCAGUUCUCGCUCUCUUGGUCUGAAUGCUGAUGAGCUUCUUGGUACCCGAAGAGAAAAAAUGGCUGCAGGAUCACGUCUGGCAGAUAUUGAUCCCAUGGCCAUCGAUCAGUCAGUGGGCUUUGACAGUAUCGGAGGUUUAUCAGGUCACAUCUCAGCUCUGAAGGAGAUGGUUGUCUUUCCUCUUCUCUACCCAGAGGUCUUUGACAACUUCAAGAUCCAGCCACCCAGAGGUUGUUUGUUUUAUGGUCCUCCUGGGACCGGGAAAACACUGGUUGCCCGGGCGUUGGCCAACGAGUGUAGCCAUGGUAACAGAAAGGUGGCCUUCUUCAUGAGGAAAGGAGCUGACUGCCUCAGCAAGUGGGUGGGCGAGUCAGAGAGGCAACUGCGGCUGCUGUUCGAACAGGCUUAUUUGAAGCGUCCAUCUAUCAUCUUCUUUGACGAGAUUGAUGGCUUGGCCCCAGUACGAUCCAGCAGACAGGAUCAGAUCCACAGCUCCAUUGUGUCAACACUUCUGGCUCUGAUGGACGGGCUGGACAGUCGUGGGGAAGUUGUGGUGAUUGGUGCGACAAACAGGCUGGACUCCAUCGAUCCAGCACUGCGCCGUCCCGGACGCUUUGACAGGGAGUUCCUCUUCGGCCUGCCAGACAGGGAGUCUCGUAGAGAGAUUCUAAAAAUCCACACCCGGCAGUGGAAACCUGCUCCGUCUGAAGAUUUUCUAGACGAACUGGCUGAGAAAUGUGUUGGUUACUGUGGUGCCGACAUCAGGGCGGUGUGCACCGAGGCGGCGCUGUGCGCUCUUCGUCGUCGCUACCCACAGAUAUACGGCACCUCACAGAAGCUCCUGUUGGACGUCUCCUCCAUCUCUGUCAGCAGUUGCGACUUUGUGGCAGCUAUGAGGAAGAUGUCGCCAGCCUCGCACCGCUCCGCCGCAACUCCUGCCAAACCCCUGUCAUCCGUGGUUCACCCACUGCUGGGGACCGCCCUGCAGCACAUCCUGGAGGUUCUGCAGAGGGUGUUCCCACAUGCCGAGCAGGGAAUGAAGAGGAAGAGGGAGCCGGAUCUUACCUCUGGUGUCCUCGAUGAUGGUCUGAUGAGUGGAGGAGGUGAAAACAUAACCUCCAGCAUCUCUGCACCCUCCAUCUCCCAGAGCAACAAAUUUCUGCACUUUGCCAGGAGUGCAGUCAAACACCCGACGUCUCACCGCCCACGGAUGCUCUUGGUAGGCCGCCCUGAGUCUGGUCAGACCUCCCACCUGGCUCCAGCAGUUCUGCAUGCUCUGGAGUGUUUCACUGUCCACAGCCUGGACUCUGCCGUGUUGUUUGGAGUCAGCAGCACCUCCCCAGAAGAAGCUUGUGCACAGGUGUUCUGCGAGGCAAAGCGGACAUCUCCCAGCAUCCUCUACAUCCCCCACUUGCAGCAGUGGUGGGAGACAGCAGGGUCGGCACUCAGGGCCUCUUUCCUCAGCUUGCUGGGCAGCAUUCCCUCCUUCUCCCCCAUCCUCCUCCUCGCCACCUGUAGCUUCCCCCAUAGGGAGCUGGACCCAGAGAUUAAAAGUCUAUUUCGGGAGGAGUAUGGGGAGGUUUACACCCUAAGUGUUCCCACCCGGCAGGAAAGAACCAACUUCUUUCAGGAUCUCAUUCUGAACCAGGCAGUUGAGGCUCCACCGUCCAACAACAAAGCACAGACUGAGGCCACAGAGAUCCUCCCUCUGGCUCCACCGCCUCCCCCUCGUCAGCUAUCACAGGAGGAGCUCCUUCGUCUGGAGGAGCAGGAGGAGGACGUAUUAAGAGAGCUCCGCCUGUUCCUCCGUAACGUCACAGAGCGUCUGAUGCUGGACCGCCGCUUCAAGGUCUUCACCAAACCUGUUGACAUAGAGAAGGUCACAGACUACUUCAUGGUGAUCAAGAAGCCCAUGGACCUCUCCACACUGCUGACCAACAUCGACGAGCACCAGUACAUCACUGUCAGUGAGUUCAUGUCAGACGCUGACCUCAUUUGGCAGAACGCUCUCGAGUACAACCCAGACAGCAACCCAACAGACCGCCACAUCCGUCAUCGUGCAUAUGCCCUGAAUGACAUGAUUCGAGCCAUCAUCAAAGAUGAACUGGAUGAAGACUUUGAGAGAGUCUGCGAGGAGAUCAGAGAGUCUCGUCUCAACAGAGAGUUUUGUGGGGCCAGGGCACAUCAACUGGACAUCAACCAUGUCUGCAGAUCAGCAUUCUCCAGGAAGGGUCUUGGACAUCAAGUCUGUAAGAAAAAGCGUUACAAAAGGCCCCGAAAAACCAAGUGGAGCACUGGGGUCAUUCCGAAACCUAAGAAAAAGAAGCCUCUUGUCCAGACUUCCACUUCCUGUUCCUCUAUGUCCAGUGAAGCCAGUUCUGAUUCAAGUACAGAUGAAAAUGGAGCUGUUGAAACCAGUGGGGAGAAUAGUUCUGCUGAAUCAAGCUUAUCCAGCUGGUCAGACAGCAGCGAUGAGGAGGGGGGCCACCUGACAGAUACCAUGACCAGGUACCAUCUCAGCUUAAAUGCUGUCACAGGAGCCAGAAACGUCCUAAUGAACGGGUACCACCACAAACCGCUUGACAUUAAGCUGGCUGGCAGAGUCCCCAAACGGAGGCCAAAUGUCGGGCAUCAAACCAAAACCUCAAACACUGCCCCAGCCCCAAAGAAGACUUUGAAGGGCAGCCGUUUUAACAAAUUAGAGGGAAACAGAAAUCAGGAGACGAGAGCCAACAAGAAUGCCUUACAGCAAAGGCAGCAGUUCAACGGAGACAGAUCUGUGGAGGUUCCCACUGAUAGAACACCAUCGCUGGUAGUUGACCAUAACAAACUGAAGGAUUUGCUGAACAGAGCUGUGGCGAAAACAGAGGGUGCUGAGGUGGAGCCUCUGGAGAAGCUUUAUGCUCUGCUGGCUCAAAGCAUCUACAGACACAGAAACAACUACAACAAGAUAGAGCUCAUUAAGGAAAUGAAGACGGAGAUCGACAGCUUCUCCUGAGCUAUUUUAAUAAAACCUCAAAUUUAAACGUAAA